GCUAUUCUACUGCGCGUGCGCACGUGGAACUACAAAGACGCCUGUGUACUGAAGAAGCAAUGGCUGCUUUUCUAGAACUAGGCAUGAUAGAAGAAGUGGUGCAGUCUGUGGAAGAAAUGGACUGGCUGCUACCAACUGACGUGCAACACGAAGCAAUCCCUCUCAUUCUAGGGGGCGGAGACGUUCUCAUGGCAGCAGAGACGGGGAGCGGUAAGACGGGGGCAUUCUCUCUACCAAUCAUACAGAUUGUCCAGGAGACUAAGAAGAUGAGGAGAGAGGGGAAGGGAGGAGGGAGGGGCAAGGUGGGAGGGGGAGGGGCAAAGACAGUGAAACUGAACCAGUUUGACAGGGGAGACCAGUUUGCCGUAGCUCCAGAUGGGUUGCUGUGUCAGUGUCGAGAGCACAGAGUGUGGCACGGAUCACGGUCCACUCAUGGAAUAUCCUCAGGGAAGAGUUAUUUCGAGGCCACGGUCACAGACGAGGGAUUAUGCAGAAUUGGCUGGUCCACAUCACGAGCCACUCAUGAACUUGGGAAAGAUAAUUUGGGGUUUGGAUUCGGAGGCACUGGCAAGAAGUCGUUUAGCUCUCAGUUUGAUAACUAUGGCGAGCCGUUUGGUAAGGACGAUACUAUUGGUUGUUGUAUCGACACUGAUGGAGGCAAUGUCAGUUUCUCCAAGAAUGGAAAGAAUCUUGGGAAGGCAUUUGACAUUCCAAAACAUCUCCAUGGAGACACCUUCUUUGCAGCUGUCACUCUCAAGAAUGCAGAAAUGAAAUUCAAUUUCGGAGACACUCCUUUCAAUAAUCCACCACAGGCCGGGUAUUGUGCCCUGUCCAAGGCGGGAGGCCUGGUUCCGUUCCAGUCGUGUGGAAUGGAAUCACGACCGGGGAAAAGGGAGGGGUCGGUGAUGGCUCUGAUAAUGGAGCCGGCGAGGGAGUUGGCUCAGCAGACGCAUGAGAACAUCUCCAGGUUCAAGAGGCACCUCACCAGCCCUGGAGUGAGGUGAGGCAACAAUCACCUACAAUGGUCUUUUCUUGCUCACCCAUAAUGCAUUACUUUGGCUCGUGCAUAUUAGCAUGUAACAUGUCCCUUUACAAGUGAGGGAGAGAAGUAGGUUCAGUUUCCUUGAUGUCGUAACCCAAGGAACUGUUGCUAGUGGGCGGAGACAGUGCCAAGGACCAGAUGAGAGCCCUGCAGGAAGGUGUUGAUAUCGUCACGGGAACACCCGGUCGCCUUGAUGACUUCAUCUCCACCGGAAAGCUGGAUCUGUCUGGGGUUCGAUUCUUGGUACUGGACGAAGCCGACGGACUCCUCUCUAGUGGCUAUGGCAACCUCAUAACAAAGAUUUACAAUCAGAUUCCGAAAGUCACGCCAGAGGGAGCUCGGCUGCAGAUGAUAGUGUGUUCGGCUACGCUGCACAACGUAGAAGUCAAGAAAUUGGCAAACAAACUGAUGCAUUUCCCAACGUGGGUGGACCUGAAGGGGCUGGACUCGGUACCAGAGACAGUUCAUCACGUGGUCUGUCACGUGAACCCCGUGACCGACACUGCCUGGUACAACCUCGGACGAAUCAGAGUAGAGACAGACGGGGUUCAUGCUGGCGAUAAUGUAAAGCCAGGGAGCAGAUCAGCUGAAUGUCUAAGCGAGGGAGUGAAGCUGCUGAAGGCAGAGUAUCUUGUGAGAGCCAUCAGGAAGCACAAGAUGGACCAGGCCAUCGUAUUCUGCCGCACCAAACUGGACUGCGACAACAUCGAGAGAUACCUGAUGAAGAUUGGUGGAGGGUCGAAGAUGGUGAACGAGUUUUCUUGUGUGUGUCUCCAUAGCGACCGAAGACCUCAAGAGAGAAAAGACAAUCUCCUCGCUUUUAAGAACGGCGAGGUGAGAUUCCUCGUCUGCACAGACGUUGCUGCUCGAGGAAUCGACAUUACUGGCGUCCCCUUCGUUGUCAACGUUACUCUCUCCGACGACAAACAAAACUACAUCCACAGAAUCGGGCGCGUUGGCCGUGCGGCGAGAAUGGGCCUCGCCAUUUCUAUUGUUGCUACCGUCAAAGAAAAGGUGUGGUAUCACAAGUGUCCGAGUCGAGGAAAGUCGUGCCACAAUACAGACCUCCUGGAGAACGGAGGUUGCACCAUCUGGUACGACGAACGACAGUAUCUAUCAGACAUAGAGGAACAUCUUGGUGUCACCAUUCCACAAGUCGACAACUCGUUUGACGUGCCGGUAAACGAGUUUGACGGGAAAAUCACGUACGGCGAGCGACGAGGGAAGUCUACUGGGACUGGGUUUCAGUACCACACGGCCCAGCUGGCACCGUCUCGAGACCAGCUGAUGAAGAUGGAGAAACUGGCACAGUCCAACUUCCUCAGACUCCAGACCACCCAGACUUGGUUCAGCUGAUUCUGGGGGCGCUAGCUAACUGCCGAUGAAAGUUAUUUGGACUGGUGUAGUUAUUACUAUGUGAGACAAAUAAAUGUCCGUAUUUGGUUCUGAAACCACGGUCGAUGAUUUGACCUCAAUUUCUACUAGAGUUCAUCACAACCUUGCUUAUUAGCAUUCUGAACUCUACCGCGAUGUGAAAACCACACUCUUAGACUGCAAAAUU